AUGGCGCACGACGAGGAAGAUGAUUUUAUUCGUGACGACGCUUAUGCGAUGGACGAGUACUCUGAUGAUGAAGACGAUGGGAUGGAUGUUUUGAGCAUUGGAAAUGAUGAUUUUGAACUAGAGUACGAUGAUGAAGAUGUGGCUCUUGACGUCUUGUCCGACGAGGAUGACUUGUUCCUGGAUCAGCCGGUAACAGAUGUGCGCAAGAAGCCAUAUGAAGUUGAUUUCAAAUGCCUUACCAUUGAGGGAAUUGAAGCCGCCCAACGAAAGGAAGCAGAACACAUUGCGGGCAUGUUUCUGGUUCCAGAAAGUGAAGCAGCUGUGCUUCUGCGACAUUUCCAGUGGAACAAGGAGCGGCUCAUUGAGCAGUAUAUGGACGAGCCUGACAAGGUAAAAUGGGAGGCUGGUGUUCUGGACAAUCAAGCUUGCCCAAGAAUGAUGGAAAUGGACAAUUUUACGUGCGACAUCUGUUUUAUGUCCGCCGAGGAUUAUGGAGGCCGAAUUAUGACCACGUCCCUUCCCUGCGGGCAUCGAUAUUGUACAGCUUGUUAUACCCAUUAUGCCGAGCAGAAAGUGCGAGAAGAGGGUGAGAGUCGGCGAAUCCAGUGCAUGAAAGACAAGUGUAAUUUGAUCGUUGACGAAGAUACCAUGUCGAAAAUUCUGUCGCCUACACUCAUGCACCGGUACCGGAUCCUUUUGGAUCGUGCAUACGUUGAUGAUCAUCCCCACUUGCGAUGGUGUCCUGCGCCUGAUUGCGAGAUGGCUGUUGAGUGUCCAGUGACGCGCAAGCAGCUACACUUUGUUGUUCCCUCGGUUCGGUGCGACUGUGGUCACUGGUUUUGUUUCGGAUGUGGUCUGGCUGCGCACCAGCCUGUGAUUUGUGCGAUUGUGCGUCUCUGGCUUAAAAAAUGCGAGGACGAUAGCGAGACGUCGAAUUGGAUCCAGGCCAAUACAAAAGAGUGCCCACAUUGCAAUUCGACGAUCGAAAAGAACGGUGGUUGCAAUCAUAUGACUUGCCGGAAGUGUAAGUACGAGUUUUGCUGGAUUUGCUCCGGUCCUUGGAGCGAGCACGGUACCAGUUGGUAUCAGUGCAAUCGGUAUGACGAGAAAUCGGGCACGGAUGCACGCGAUGCUCAGGCACGAAGUCGUGCGUCUUUGGAACGAUACUUGCACUACUUUAAUCGUUAUGCGAAUCACGAGCAAUCUGCACGCCUCGAUCGGCAGUUGUAUUUGCGUAUUGAGAAAAAGAUGGAGGAGUUACAGCACGCGUCGCAACUCACAUGGAUUGAGGUCCAAUUUCUCAAGAAGGCGGCCGAUACUUUGACGGAGUGUCGAAUGACACUCAAGUGGACCUACUGCAUGGUAUACUAUCUACAACGGAAUAACAUGACAGAACUUUUUGAGGACAAUCAAAGGGAUCUUGAACGUGCUGUGGAGGAACUUUCAGGCCAGCUUGAAUCGCCGAUUGAACGAGAGAUGAUUCCCGCGAUGCGCCAGAGGGUCACGGACUUAACAGCGUAUGUGCAAAAACGACGCGAAAUCCUCCUCACCGAUACGGCGUCCGGAUACCAAGAGGGUCGCUGGCAAUGGAAUGUGCCUGUGUGA